GCCGCAGCCCUCAGCUGAGCGACCUAGCCGUCUUUACGCCGAGGCAUUGAGGGACGUGACUCUCAAGCGCCCCAGGCCACCGGAUCAAGAUGGCCUCCUUAUUACCGUUGAUCCAGGAUAUCCUGCCAAUGAUCCUACCAGCAUCCGUGGCCGUGACAAAAGCGGCAGACAUCCUACCCGCGCAAACCCAGCCCGCCGAAUCAGAGUCACAACGAGAAGGAGAGGCUUCUGGGCUACGGGUGAUCUGCAGAAAUGCGCUUGUCGACAAGGCCGAUAAGAUGUGCGCCUCAGUGCUCGUCGUGAAGCCCAACUCAUCCUCAUCUGUUCGCCACCACGGCGAGCAAGAAGCCAUCCUCUACACAGUAUCGGGAAACGGGGCUCUCCUCACCCAACCAGAGGGCGACGACGAGAAGCCGAAGCGGCACGAGAUUGGACCGGGUGACUUCGCCUUCAUCCCUGCCUGGACAGAACACCAGGUUGUGAAUGAAUCUGGGGUUGAUUUUCAUCUGGUAGUCAUCCGUAGCGGCAGCAAACCUGUCGAGGUCAGCUUGACGGACUGGGGCGGCCCUCAGACCAGGGAGGAGCCCCAAAAGCCAAUGACAGUUUAGUCUUCUCCGAUGGAGAAAAUGUGUUCCAUGCAUUGAGGAUCCGGAUUCGAAUAGGAGACUACUAGUGUAUAUAAUGGAAGAGAC